AUGAGAUACAAAGUAUUAAUCCUGUUGCUGUUGGUGUUAAUGUCUCUCUAUGCCCAGUAUAGAGAAUACCCUUUCAGUUUAAAGAAACUGCAGAUGACAUAUCAGUGCUGGUCUCUGAAAAACCAACCAGAACUACAGCUCUCAGACUGGUUUAACGCCACAAUGGACUCUACACGCAUGGGCCUGAGAGCUACUAACUGGUCAGCCCCGAUUGUGUGGACUGGCACUUACAAUGAAUUAGUCUUGGCAAAUUAUUAUGAAAAGCAUCCGGUUGCCGUGGGGUUGAUCGUGUUUGCGGUGGGAAGCUACAUUUGGUACUACUUAGGUCGCUUUCUGGAAUCUGCUAAUAUGUUUUUCAUGGUCAACCAGAAGGUCAUCAUUUAUGUCAUGCUGGACGACUUUUCCUCUAUGCCAUGGAUCGAUCUGAGUCGGCAUCGGACACUAAAGAUUUUCAGAGUUAAGCAGGAGAGGAGGUGGCAAGACAUCAGCAUGAUGCGUAUGAAGAUCAUCAGUGAGCACAUCGCCGACCACAUACAGUACGAGGUCGACUACGUCUUCUGCAUGGACGUGGAUCAGAUAUUCAAAGCCAACUAUGGUCUGGAGACUCUGGGGGACUCUGUAGCACAGCUACAUACCUAUUGGUACAAGGAAAGCCCAAACAAAGUACCUUAUGAGAGAAAUGAAGCGUCAGAAGCGUACAUAGCCGUGGGGGAGGGGGACUUUUAUUACCACGCUGCUGUCUUUGGAGGCACAACCACUCAGGUUCUCAAGAUUACCCAGGACUGUGCCCGAGCCAUUAUGAAAGAUAAGAAAAAUAAUAUCGAAGCAGUUUGGCAUGACGAAAGCCAUUUAAACAAGUAUUUCUUUCUCCACAGACCCACUAAACUCUUGUCACCAGAGUACUGCUGGGAUUUAGGUCAGAAUAAGACUCCUGACAUUAAGAGUGUUAAGCUCAUUUGGAAUUAUAAGAAUUAUAAUCUUCUUAGGAGGCACCUGUAA